CGCGCGAGGAGGGAGGGUCGUUGUUGGUGCUGCAACUGCACGCGGCUCUGUUAACGUACAAAUUAUCGUCUUUCUUAAGGGUUACGUUAAUUACAGGUGACAGCUACGUUGCAAUAGCCUCGAGCGAAUGCACCACGCAGACAUUGUGCUGGCGUGGGUGGUUUCCCGCCCCCUCUUCACCUCUUCAAAGUUUGGGAGUUUAAUGCGAUAAGCGUGGUGCGUGAGGCGCUCCGGUGAAGGAUAUUUAUUUAUUUGAAUUGGUGUGCAGCUGAAGAGUUGAAAGUAGAAGGCAAGCUGAACCGAGUUUUAAAGCGCGAUCCGGGAAUGGAUUAAGGCCCAGAUAACUAUCAGGACGACGAGGGGGCAAGCCUUGAGCAGCUCGCCCUGCUGUUGGACACUGUUGCCCCACCUACACACGCACACACCUCUCAGCUCCCCGGCGGCGCACGUCACCGUUCAGGAUUCGGAACCGACUCGGCGCCGGCGCCUACCGUGGGAUGGCCGCGCUGCUGGUGCGGCUGCCCAGGGGCCGGCACGCCGCAGUACUCACCGGGGCCUCGCGGGGGGCGGGCCGCCCCCACCGGGCCGCCCCCAACCCCGACGGGCCCCUGGCGCGCUGCUGGCUGCACGCGGCGGCGCGGCGGUGGCGCGCGCGCUCGGAGCGGGACGACCGCCCCGCCGUGUGGGACAACUUCGGCAUCUGGGACAACCGGUUACAGAAGGAGCCCAUCAUGCUGCCGCCCAGCAUCAAGUACGGCAAGCCGAUCCCGCAGCUGAGCCUGGCACGUGUGGGCUCUGCGAGCCAGACAGGCCGGCGCUCGGCCAACGAGGACCGCUGGAGUGUGGGCGCCGUAGACGGCACGGUGCUGUACUUCGCCGUGUACGACGGGCAUGGGGGCGCCUACGCCGCCGAGUUCUGCGGCGCGCACAUGAAGCGCUGCAUCCGGCACCUGGUGGAGCAGGAGGAGGACCUGCAGGUGGUGCUGCGCCGGGCGUUCCUGCAGGUGAACGAGGAGUUCACGCUCGCGGCCCGUGCGCCCGGCAACGAGGCUCUGCUUCCGUGCGGCACCACGGCCACGGUGGCGCUGCUGCGCGACGGCGUGGAGCUGGUGGUGGGCAGCGUGGGGGACAGCCGCGCCAUCCUGUGCCGACGCGGGUUGUCGCGCAAGCUCACCGAGGACCACACGCCCGAGCGCCGUGACGAGAAGGAGAGGAUCCAGAAGUGCGGAGGCUUCAUCGCGUGGACGAGCUUGGGCCAGCCGCACGUCAACGGGCGUCUCGCCAUGACGCGCAGCAUCGGCGACAUCGCCCUCAAGGCCGUGGGCGUCACGGCCGAGCCGGACACGCGCCGCAUCAUGCUGAAGCACGGGGACGACGGCUUCCUGGUGCUGACGACAGACGGCAUCAACGUCAUCAUGAACAGCCAGGAGAUCUGCAACAUUGUGAGCCAGUGCAAUGAGCCCUCCGAGGCUGCCCAGCUGGUCGGUGAACAGGCCAUGCAGUACGGCUCGGACGACAACACGACGGUCGUGGUGGUGCCGUUCGGCGCGUGGGGCAAGCACAAGGGCGCUGAGGACAGCUACUCGGUGGGGCGCACCUUCACCUCCAGCUGGCGCUGGGCGUGACGCUGCCGCCAGGCACCGGGCACCCGGCAGCCCCCCCCCCCCCCACGGCCCCCAGGGCUCACGUAGCGUUGAAGGGAAGUCCGCCGUUCGACGGAGAUUUUAAAAUAUCGUCUGUUUCCGCGAGUUAUUUUUUUAACACAGGACAAUUUUCCCGUACGUGCUCUGUGUAAAUAUCAAACGUCGCACUUUUUACAUUUUAGGAAGUACACAAUCUUUCUUGCACUUGUUUUGAUUUAAUUUUGCUGCUUGUUCUCAAACAGAAGCUCAAUUUUUGUUUUGUUUUACGAACCGGGGGUCGGAGCCAUGGCGCUGUGAACUCUGCGAUCUGGGUUCAAUUCCCAGCCAGUGCUGACAUCGGUGGCGAGCGAUAUCUCAACCGGCCCGCACUGACCAGCACGGCGAUGUUAUGGUCACAUGACCGUCGUCAGAGGCAGAGCGUGGGGAGGCCUUCAUCCAGCAGUAGAUUGAUAACGGAAUGAGAACCGUAUAUUAUUGGCUAAUUUAAUGAUCAAAACCGGCCAAAUUUGCAACGGUCACGGAGCUCGUUGAGCACGAUGCAUCUCUUCGAUAGGACCUCGUAAAACAGCUGGCAAAAUCGCGACGGUCAUCUCAAUGGCAGGGGGGCGGCUGUUACGUCAGUGGUGGCAGUUUGUACAAUAGUGGCGUGUGUGAUGCAGCACUGAGGGACGGUUCUCUUUUCAAUUACCAGUUCACCUAAUAAAUAAAUGCGUUGCAGAAUGGGGGUCGCGAAACAGCGGCUUCCGGGUGCUGCGAGUGCGGCUCACUGUAUGCGCAGACGCGUUGAAACCUCUCGGAGCAACUUGAAUUGAAACGGGAAAAAAUCUGCGGAAGCGGCCCGGGUCACUCGCCCCUUUGCAGCGAAGCCAGAUGCAAGUACUCUGGGGGCGCUCCCGCCAAUUUCCAAAUGUAAGAACUCCAUUUCCACAGCGGUGCGAGAGAACCGGCCACGUGGCCCGCUCGGCGCACGCACCCCCGGUGUGUCUGUCGCUAGCGCCGGAGAGACAUGUUCUAGUGCACGCGUGUCAUGUGGCGCCCGGCCCCGUUGAAGGUGUUGGUUUGGCGUAGGGCAGCGACGGGCAACCCAGACGUGGGCCACCAGCUUGACAUCGUGCUUGUCCGCUAAUCGUGACCCCCACGCAUUGCCCCUAGACACGCUGAGACUAGGCCACCACGAGGGGCUCCACGGGCCGCAGGUUGCCCAUCACUGGCGCUGCGCCAGGAGGUUUGGCCACCCCUGGUCCCGACCGUGAAUGUGUGCCGCGGGAGCCGACGGAACCACUGUACCUCGGAGCACAUUGACAACCUCGACGCACAAACACUCCGAAGCACAGCUGCGAGUUGGAUAGGUGGCAUUUAAAUAUGGAAAUUAUACAAAACUGUAACCGUACAGUUAAUUCAUGCGUGGCUUCACGGGGUUAGGCUGAGCGUCGAGAAGAAACGCUCAACGGGCGGCCGACACUCGCGUUACAAGCGGACGCGUUCAGUUCCGAAUGUGUUCACUCUUCUCAAGCGGUACCGUACAGUGUUUAUAUAUUCUGAUGUGUUUGUACGGUAAAGUGAUAGUUGGCGCUUUGUACGCCGUCUUGAGCCGGCUGCGUGUGCACGAUGUAAAUAGUGACGCCGUGGCGUUCAGGCGUCGUCGGCGUACGGCUCUGCGGGCUCGCCUCGCAGCAGCCGAACCUUCUUGUAAAUAUCCGUCUUGGUGGCGGUUGACGAUGCUGGCCUCGCCCGGUGACCAUCUUUGUAGUCUGCGUUGUACAUUAGCCGCAGGAAGUCGCACGGCAGCAGCGCUGUACGUACUGUAGUGUCUCGGCCGGGCUGCAGAUCCCCUGCACCUCUGCAAGGGACACGCGGCCAAUUGGGUUUUCUUAACAGCUGUGAAAAUAUUUAACAGAGAACCAAUUAAGACUUAAUACGUUUGGCGGGCGACCAUACGUUCACACAGCUCAGUCACUGCAAGAUGCCCUCGCAGUGGCACAAGUGGCUGAGCGCAUUACAAUUUGGUACGCAGUGUUGCUAAGUUGACAAGAUUCCCUCCUCUCGUUGCCCGAUUAGUGUGGCUAGGAUGUUAGUAAUUAUAGAUGAAUAUUGUUUGCAGGCUGUGUUUUAAGUGGUAGGCCAAGGGAUGCCACUUGUGCGGGUGUGACCCGGGCAGCCCAGGAAUUAGCGCGUGUGUUCGGGUGGCAGCAGGAUUUACUUUGUGCCAAGAUCUGGAAGAGGGGUGUUGCUGUGUUGGGCUUCACUGCAGGAUGUUGCACACUUCUGCUAGACUUGGGCUGACCGAGGAAUCCAUCUGGGUUUAUCCUGCGGAAGAGGUUGUCCCCAUGCGGUUGUGAGCAGUGUGAAGCCAAGUUGCGGGCCUGCUGUUCCUGUGCCCGGGUGAACAACGAUUACCUUGCUGCAAUGGAAACCGCAAAUCAUCUCCCAUUGUGACCGGCCCCCAGAAGUGGUUCACAAACUUGUAUCCCUGUGUGUCUGCCCAACUCUUAGUCUUGAUUUUGAUGUACGUACUGAUCUCGAUUAUUUAUUCACGUGAAAUGUAGAUGUAUGUACAUUGUAGACCCGUGUUAUAUAGGUGUCCGUGUACAUUUUUACUGUAAGAAACAGAUGGAGCACUUUUCCUCUUGUCAAAUGUCGCCGCCGUUGCGAUCUGCGAGUGGCACUCGUGGGCGGCUGAGCGGAGAGCAGAUGCUGGUGGAAGUGAUCGGGCUGGCACGUUACAGCAGUGACUUAACCUCGACAUGAAACAAAGUCUGGAGAUGCGCUGUGCAAAACAUCGAUUCAUCUCCAUUCUAAAAGCUCGCAAAGUGUGCUGCAUUGAGUGGUGGACUUACACAUUUAUUUGGUUGGAUUCCUCAAGGCUCGCUUGCUUGUAAUGGGUUCCUAUUGCAAGUAACUGGUUGGAUGCUACACUCGGCACAAUGUAAAAAAAAUAAUCGGUGAUAAUUGCGAAUAAAAUCGUGAUAGUUCAUUGGAUAACAACGGUGACCUGGAGCAUGGCGUGGGGUUCAAUUGCUCCCCCCCCGCCCGCCCCUCACCCAGUGAAGGAGGAGCGUGCACAGAGGAGCUAAUUCUACUUUGUUCUUCAAGUGGCCUCUGCCACUUUCCGUCAGCCUCAGCCGAGCCACGUGUCCACGGCAGCCGCCACGCACGCACCCGUGAUCCGUGACCAGCGGUGGGGGCGCGCGCGUGUCGGUAUGCGCGGUGGCGGCGCCACUGCACAGCCCGAGGCCACCUGAGCGACAUCGUACAACCACGGCCCCAGCUGCUGCCCUUGGGAGUUUGCCUCUCUGUUUUCAUUUUGUACAGUACUCUGUUUGGAUCGCACGCGCGGCAGCAGUCGUUACUGCUCCUUGCUGCAAACUAAAGCCCUCUCGCAGGGCCAGGUGCCGAGCCAGCUUGUGCCGCACAGGGACAGCUGCUGCCGUGGGUCUCCUAGGCAAAAUCGCUCGUGAAUCAUCGCUCCCCCCCCCUACUGGCAGAUUAACGCCCACUCGCAAGCCAGGUGCUGAGCCAACUUUUGUAGCCUGUGCCGCACAGGGACAGCUACCACAGGCUGCCACUGCGGGUCACCUAAGCAAAACCACUCGGCAAUCAUUGACCUCCCCCCCCCCCCCCCCUUACUGGCAAACUCACGCCCGCUCGCAGGCCAGAUGCCGGAGUCACCUUGUGCCGCACAGGGACGGCUGCCACUGGGUGUGCCCUUUCGAGACGUGUCGAGGUGAGAAGUGAUGCGAAUUCGCUCGACGCGCGUAAAGAGAGACGCUCUGGAGACGCCGCGGAUGACUUUGCGUCGUGUGUCGGGUGGUGCUUUCGGUUCGGCGAGACGGAACUGGAUGCACUUCUUUGAGGACUGCUGUUGUGGGGUUGUCCAAGGCAUCGUUUCUGGUGGCCCUGGAAUUAAACACGAGUCGCGUCACAAUGCAAGACGACGGUGUCAUUUGCAUGCAUUGUGGGUUUUUGUUUUAUCCCCAUUCACGUCGUGAUUUUUUUUUACUGCGUUGGAACCCGGAUCGUAGUGCAUUGUUGGAGGUUGUUAUUGCGUGAGUUCUGUAAUGUUCGCGUGGCUUCAUUGAGUGCGUUACUCAAGUGGUGCUGUAGAUUAUGUUGCAAUAUUGUUUGCUCACUAUCCAUUAAACACGCACAGU